AUGCGAAUCAUCGCAUACUAUGGGUGUCCUGUGCGCCUCUGCAGCGGUUGUCCCGAUAUUCAUUUCAAUUUGUUUCCCGCACGACUGCAGAUUACCAAAGCCGCAAAGAGUCUGCACGCUGAGCAUCGGCUGAUUCUAUCUGGCACUCCCAUUCAGAACAACGUAGUGGAGCUUUGGUCCCUGUUUGACUUCCUCAUGCCAGGGUUUCUGUCGACCGACCGAGUGUUCCAGGAAACAUACAGUAAACCAAUCAUGGCCUCACGAGACGCAAAGUCCACAGCCAAGGAGGCUGAGGCUGGCGCUGCCGCACUGGAAGCAUUGCAUCGACAGAUGCUUCCGUUCAUGAUGCGGCGAGUGAAGGAGGAUGUGCUCAAAGACCUCCCGCCGAAGAUCAUCCAAGACCUGUACUGCGAUCUGAGUCAGUUGCAGAAGGACCUGUACAAUGACUUCCAGAACAGCUCUGUUAAGUCUGAAGUAGAGACAGAGGCCAUUGAGCUAUUUGCGGACGAGGUAGGAGAAGGAGGAGAGGACAUCAAGCCAGCUAAGAGGAAAACGACCGGGGGUCAGUCCGCGCAUGUGUUCCAGGCGCUGCAGUACCUCCGUAAAUUGUGCACGCACCCGGCACUGGUGUUAACACCCACGCAUCCGCAAUGGAAGGAUUUAGCCAGGAAGAAACUGGACAUCAAAGAUAUAGUACACGCCCCUAAGCUUAUAGCCCUAAAGCAGUUGCUCCAUGACUGUGGGCUUGGCAUCACAGCCGACGAGACAGAGAAUGGUACACUGGGUGACGGCGGCGUUAGUAGCAAUCAUCGAGUUUUGAUCUUUUGUCAGCACAAAGCUAUGCUGGAUCUGAUUGAGCAGGAUCUAUUUAAAGCUCUAAUGCCAGGUAUCAUUUAUCUGCGCAUGGAUGGGUCUGUAGAAUCCGUGAACCGCUUUGCCAUUGUGUCGAAGUUCAAUGCCGAUCCAACCAUUGACGUGCUGCUCCUCACUACACACGUGGGUGGGUUGGGUCUCAAUUUGACGGGAGCUGACACGGUUGUUUUCGUGGAGCACGAUUGGAAUCCGAUGAAGGAUCUGCAAGCAAUGGACCGAGCGCAUCGUAUAGGCCAGAAAAAGGUUGUCAGCGUCUAUCGAUUAAUCACAAAGAAUACACUUGAGGAGAAGGUCAUGGGACUGCAGAAAUUUAAACUCAACAUCGCAAAUUCCGUCAUUACAUCUGAGAACGCAAGCAUGCGCUCUAUGGAUACCACACAACUGCUGGACCUCUUCAACACAGAUGAACAAGAGAAGAAGCCCGACAACAAAUCCGCAUCAACUGAAAAGGUUACCAUAGCCAAUGCGGCAGGGCAACUAGAGGAAUUAUGGGAUGAAAACCAGUACGACGACGAAUACGAUAUGAACAGCUUCUUAGCCUCGCUAAAAAAAGAAUAGCACAAUGACUGAUUUCUUGAGUAUAAAAGUAUAGAAAUAUUGACAUAAAGGUUUAGGAGACUUGAGAUCAC